GCUGUACAAACAUGUAGCAAACACUGAUUCAUUCUUUAAUAUUUAUAUGGCUGACAUAAUCUUCUGAAAUGGAAAUUUAUCGACAUUGUUCACGUAUAUAGAAUGUAGGAAUAUAGCUGAUAAAGUGUGGGAUAGGUAACUUGAUAACUCAUAUAUAAACAAGGAUAUAUUAUUUAUACGUAGCGUUUGUGACGUAAUUUGGCACUAGAAAAUUAUUUUGUACUUCUUUGAAACCCAUCAACGAUGACGACGAACUACGAAUCAUAUCUGAAAACAUCUCUAGCCAAGUAUAAGUAUGCAGACAUUGCCAAAAGAGAUGUACUGAAUGUAUUUCAACAAUUCAAGGACCUUCGACCAGCUUACAAUCCUUACAUUUUCAAUGAUGGGUCGAAAAAGGAGCUCUUGAAUUUGGACGGGACUAUUCCUGUAUCAUACAGAAGUGUUACCUAUAAUAUCCCAGUGUGUAUCUGGAUCCUGGACACGCACCCCUACAAUCCUCCAAUGGUCUUUGUCAAACCUACAACCAGCAUGCAGAUCAAACAGGGGAGAAAUGUCGACGCCAACGGCAAAGUGGAUCUGCCCUAUCUCCGCGACUGGAGAUAUCCUCAAUCGGACCUACUUGGAUUGAUACAGAUACUUGUGAUUGUAUUUAGCGAUGAUCCUCCAGUAUUUUCCCGGGGUCAGGCUCAGGCACAGCGACAGCAGCAGCAAUACUCCCAACAACAGCCAUCCAACCUUCCAUACCCCUCACAAGGAGGCUUUCAGAUGCCAACACCAGGAGGAACCACCGCCAACCCUCCAGCAUAUAGCCAGUACCCCUCAGGGGGGUACAAUCAGGCAGGGAGCAGACCCGAGUACAAUUACGGUGGAAAUUACCCACAGCAAGGAUUUCCAGCAUAUCCACCAAGUACAGGGAGCUACCCCCAGAGUGGUCAGCAGCAGUACCCGUCCCAGACCCCGUACCCAGGCUAUCCUCAAUCACAGUACCCCACAUCUACCGCCAGUACAGUGACCAGCUCUAGCCAGAGUGGGCCUGGUAAUACCAACACAGUGACAGAAGAACACCUUAGGAUGUCACUGUUAUCAGCCGUCGAGGAUAAAAUGAAACGGAGGCUGAGGGAAAUAUUUGAACAAGCGCAGGCUGAAAUGAAUGUGUUGCACAAAACGCAGACAGAUCUUCUUCAAGGGAGGGACAAAUUGGACAAAAUGAUGAAGGAUCUGGAUACGGAAAAGAAUGACAUCGAGAACAAUAUUCAAAUGUUGAAGGAGAAGGAUAGUGAGGUCAAGAACGCCUUGGAUAAGAUGGGCAAACAGGGGGGACUGAACAUCGACGAUGCAGUGGUCACCACCAUGCCGCUGUAUAAACAGUUGGUGAACUCAUUCGCAGAGGAACAAGCCAUUGAAGAUGCGUUGUUCUACCUCGGCGACGCACUACGCAAAGAUGUCAUUGAUAUUGAUGUCUUCCUAAAGCAAGUAAGAGAACUUUCAAGAAGACAGUUCAUGUUGCGAGCCUUAAUCACAAAAUGCCGUGACAAAGCAGGGUUAUCUCCCUUGGCCUGAAGAACUCGAACAGCUUAAAAAAUCGACAACUUCACAGAGUGGCCAUCUUACCACUGUGAAUCACAGAUUGUUCUGUGAAAAGAUUUAUUCAGAAAGUUCAGUUGUGAACGUUUAAACUGUUCAUGACAAAAUGAAUUUCUAUACUUGACUGAAGUGGAAUUUCAAUUUACAAAAUAAAAAUUGUGUAAAAAAUGGAAAAAAAUGCUUCUUUUAAAUAAAAGAAGAAGAAAAAAAUAAAUCUACUAACCUCGUAUAGUCUUUAUGAAUUAACAGUGAUUUGCAACAAACAAACUGAAGUGAAGACAGAAUUGAACCUUUAGACAUUAGGUCUUUUACCAAUCAGAAGGCUUGCUUUGGUGUGUAACUGCAGGAGGCCGAAUUUGCAUUGUCAUUUGAAGCAGAGAAAAGAAGCAAUAGUAGGAACAGAAGAAAAAAGAAUAAUUUUGCAAAAAGAGAAGAUGGAGUGAAAUAUGAUGAGUCGUCAACAUAAGAAAGCCUUGUUCCUAUUGGCCAUUCUAUGAUGAAGAGACUGUUUCAUGUUAGUAUAACAUGUCUGUAUAUUUUGCGUCAUAGAACUUUGUAAUUAUAGGAUAACGUAAAAUGUGUCAAGAUCCUAAGGUGAAUUUGCUCUUUGACUUUCACUUUCAUUCCUAUUUUUUCUAAUAGCAGUAUUGGUGAAUUUCUUUAUGAAUUGUAAGUUUUCAAAAUCUACAAGAAAAACUGUAUUUAACAUAGCUUGAUUUAUUUAUUUUUUAAAUUGUUCAACCUAAAUAAGAUUUUUGUUUUG